CGACUUACGACUUUGUUCCCGUCCACGACCACCUUUCUCCUUCCCUUCCCUACAUACUCCAGAAUGCGUGAAAUCGUCCACCUUCAGACUGGCCAGUGCGGCAACCAAAUCGGUACUCGUUUCUGGGAAACCGUCUCGGACGAACAUGGCAUCGGAGGUGACGGUGUCUACACCGGCAACAAUGACCUGCAACUCGAGCGCAUCAACGUCUACUACAACGAGGUUGGCGGGAACAAGUACGUGCCCCGCGCGGUCCUCGUCGACCUUGAGCCCGGAACCAUGGAUUCGAUUCGAUCGGGUCCUCUUGGCGGUCUGUUCCGUCCUGACAACAUGGUGUUCGGCCAAAGCGGCGCGGGUAACAACUGGGCGAAGGGCCAUUACACUGAGGGUGCCGAACUCGUCGACUCUGUGCUGGACGUUGUGCGGAAGGAGGCUGAGGGCACUGAUGCACUCCAGGGAUUCCAAAUCACCCACUCCCUGGGCGGUGGUACUGGUGCUGGUAUGGGUACCCUUCUGAUCUCAAAGAUCCGUGAGGAAUACCCGGACCGCAUGAUGUGCACCUACUCCGUCGUGCCGUCUCCGAAGGUUUCGGACACUGUCGUCGAGCCGUACAACGCGACUCUCUCCGUGCACCAGCUCGUCGAGAACUCGGACGAGACCUUCUGCAUUGACAACGAGGCGCUUUACGACAUCUGCUUCCGGACACUCAAGUUGUCCAUGCCUACUUAUGGGGACCUCAAUCACCUCGUGUCAAUUGUCAUGUCCGGCAUCACUACUUGCUUGCGGUUCCCCGGUCAGCUCAACUCCGAUCUCCGGAAGCUCGCCGUCAACAUGGUCCCCUUCCCUCGUCUCCACUUUUUCAUGACUGGCUUUGCGCCGCUCACCGCCCGUGGAAGUGCACAAUACCGCGCCGUGACCGUGGCGGAGCUCACCUCGCAGAUGUUCGACGCGAAGAACAUGAUGGCUGCGUCCGACCCCCGGCACGGGCGCUACCUCACCGUCGCGGCCGUCUUCCGCGGCAAGGUCUCGAUGAAGGAGGUCGAGGAACAGAUGCAGAACGUGCAGAACAAGAACUCGGCGUACUUUGUGGAGUGGAUCCCGAACAACGUGCUCACCGCUCAGUGCGACAUCGCGCCGCGCGGGAUGAAGAUGGCCGUCACCUUCAUCGGCAACUCGACCGCGAUCCAGGAGCUGUUCAAGCGCGUCUCCGACCAGUUCACGGCCAUGUUCAAGCGCAAGGCGUUCCUCCAUUGGUACACCCAGGAGGGCAUGGACGAAAUGGAAUUCACCGAGGCCGAGUCCAACAUGCAGGAUCUGGUUGCGGAGUACCAGCAGUACCAGGAUGCUACCGUCGAGGAGGAGGGCGAGUACGAGGAGGAGGUCUACGAGGAGGAGCAGCAAUGAAGCAACAAUUUAUCUUUGUUCCUCCGAAUUUUGGUUCUCCUUCUGAUUCUCCUGCUUCCGCCAUCGGCGCCAAAAAUUACUUCAUCCACUCACGUAUUGGCUGCCCACAUACCUCACAUCAUCUUGCAGUGGAACGGGAACUGGCCCACGUCGCAAUGUUUUACGUUACGCUCUCUGGCUUCAUAGUUGUCCUUACGAUUUUACGCACAAUCACGAUCGGGAGGACUUGUUUCGGUCGUCCUGUGAAAUAUUCUGUGAAAUCAGAGUGACCCCGUU